AUGUCUACAACCAUACCCAAAACGAUGAGAGCAUUGAAAUGCUUCGGCCCCAAAGACGUUCGAGUCGUAGACGACGCUCCAGUUCCAGCAUGCCCACCAGACUACAUGCUCGUCAAAGUCGAAGCCAUCGCCCUCAACCCAACAGACUGGCCCUUCACCCCCGGCGACCGCGUCGCCGGCUACGUCCACGGCUCCAAACACGAAGACCCCUCCGCCGGUUGCUUCGCCCAGUACGCCAAAGUCAAAGCCGACAUUCAGAUCCACGUCCCUUCCAACAUAGACUUCGAGGAAGCGGCCACCUGGCCCACGGGGAUCAAUACUGUCGGGCAGGGGAUGUAUUCCCCGGACGGACUCGAACUUCCCUGGCCUGCUUCGUCGCCUUCCGCAGAGGGGAGGGGCACGAAGGUGUUGAUCUAUGGCGCUUCGACGAAUACGGGUCUUUGGGCCGUGCAGCUGGCUAAGCUGAGUGGAUUGUACGUUCUCGCGACGUGUUCCGAGAGGAAUUUCGAGGCUGUGAAAGCUCUGGGCGCGGACGAGGUUUUCGAUUAUAGGGAUGGGGUGGCUUGUGGGAGGAAGAUUCGGGAGGCGACGGGGGAUGGGUUGGUGUUUGCGUUUGAUUGUGUUAGUGAGGGGGAUAGUAUGGCUAUCUGUGCGGCGGCAUUGACGUCCAAACCGAACGUCGCUCGCUAUGGUGCUUUGCUUCCAGUCGAGUUCCCGCGAUCGGAUGUCAAGACGUCCUUUACGAUUGGGUAUACGGUCAUUGGCGAGGAGUUCACGUUCUUUGGGAAGAAGGUGCCCGCGAAGCCUGAAGACUUUGAGUUUGGGAAGAAGUGGUGGGCUUUGGCGGAGAAGUUGCUUGCGGAAGGGAAGAUCAAGGGUGAGCCGACGAUUGGAGAGGGAGGUCUGAACGGCGUGGUGAAGGGCUUUGAGGAUAUGAAAGAGGGACGAGUGAGUCGGCAGAAACUGGUCUACCGUAUUGGAGACACUUUGUAG